GACUGUAAAACUAUGGAGAAACUUGGCAUGAUUCUGUUUGUUGCAUUGCUUGCACUUUUUGCAGGGAAUGUGCAUUAUGCUGAAGUGCAGAUUCAGAAUUGGACAUGUGGUUAUGGAGGACUCUGCCGUCGCUUCUGUUUUGAUCAGGAAUACAUUGUGGGUCACCAUGGCUGUCCACGCAGAUACAGAUGCUGUGCAGUGCGGGUUUAGCAGAAAAAGUCUUAGCAGGCCUCAGCUGCUGAUUGAUUUACAAACUUCAUCCUCAGAAGAAUGACAUUUAUUUUGAUUUCAGUGCUGAUAUGAAGCAAAUGAAAACCUUUAAUUAUCAUCACAUCAGUAAUUCAUAAUAAUUAGACUUUUGACAUUUAACGAUUUUCUAGAUGUGAAAAUAAUGUUCUUGUAAAAAUAGUUCUUGUUUGAAAAGAAAAAGUGUUUAUCUGAAGUGUGUGAGAAUCUCAAAAUAAAA